AUGACCACAAACAAGGUGUUUCAUAUUAAUUUUAAUGGGAGGAAUAAACUUGUAGAAGAUGAUGAUCCUUACAAGUUUAGAUUAUUGCUAAUGGGAAUCAAUCUUAAAAAUACGCGAGUGGGCAGUGGUUUUGUUGCUGUGGAGAUUCCAUACUAUCUUGAUAAAGCCACAGGAUGGGGUUUAGAAGUCUCUAAGCUUAAGAAACAACUUGAGAUUUCCAGGUACAAGGGCAGCACUGUUAGGGCCUUGAAGACAAUUGUGGAGUUCUGCAAGCAAGAGGGUCUUGUUCUGCUGGGAGACGAGGUUUACCAGGAAAAUAUUUAUGUACCUGAAAAGAAAUUCCACUAUUUCAAGAAGGUUUUGCAGUCCAUGGGUUAUAGCGAGAAUGAUAUAUCCUUAGUAUCUUUUCAGUCAGUCUCUAAAGGUUAUUAUGGAGAGUGUAAAAAAAGAGGAGGCUACAUGGAGGUAACUGGGUUCGGUGCAGAUGUCAGGGAGCAAAUUUAUAAAGUGGCAAUUGUCAAUCUGUAUUCCAACAUCUCUGGUCAAAUUCUUGUUAGUCUUGUUAUGAGUCCACCUAAGGUUGGAGAUGAAUCCUAUGAAUCAUACAGUGUUGAAGGAUAUAGAGCUCUAGAGCUAAAAGCUUCAAUGGUGGCCAAGAAUCAACAAACGCAAAAACCCAAGUAG